GCAGGACGUCUAUCUUUUAACCUCCCCCCUUUUUUAUCGGAACCAAAAGGUUUUCUCUUCUCUCCGAAUGCAGUUAAGUCGUUUUAUUUCUUUUCCAGUCUCAUAUUUUCUAUUGCUUCCACGCAGUCAUUCUAGAUGCGACGGUGUCGAGGGUGUUUCAUCCCCAGAAUAACAAAUGGCAAGGUACAGAGAUUGAAGUGCCCACCGAAAGAUCCACUUUCAUCUGUAAAACUGGCUGCCAUUGAACGUUUCGAAAUAUUUUAAUUGGAUCGCUCGUGGUGACGCGUGCUGUCCACACUAUCAUUAGAUAUGGAAAUGAUGAACGACGACGACGAUAAGGUGAUACGCACAAUAACUAUAAGGUUAAUUGUUAGACGAUUUAAGGGGCAGAAAGUAUAUAAUUGGGGACAGAAGCUUGUUUUUAGCUUCUCUGUUUGUAUUUUGUAUUUGGCGUAUUGAAGUUUUCUGAAGCGUUGUGACAUUUUCCACUGUUGGGCAAGAUUUUUCGAGAUAUUGUCGAUCAUUAUAGUUGAUAGAUAGACACACUCGAUUUUAGGCUCUACGCACAACAAGUCGACAAUAUGCGCGACGAAGGGACAAUUGCACUCAUUCCUCAUCCCAGUGAUGAUCCACGGGAUCCAUUGAAUUGGCCAAUGAGGAAAAAAGUGCCUAUUGUCGCUGCCUUAUGUCUCGCAACCUUCGCUGGUUGUGCAAGUGGGCUUGCCGGUCAAUUGAUUCCAAAACCACAAGCAAAACUGUAUGGGGUUGAGAGUACAAAAAUGGCUUAUCAGACGUCAUGCUCCAACGCUGGCAUGAUAGCAGGAUCUUUGAUCCUCUUUCCAUUAUCUCACAAAUUUGGUCGUUCGUCUGUAAUUUUUUGGUCCACCGUUGGUGUGUUCAUCACCCAAGUAUGGGCAGCAUGCAUGACACACUCGACGCAGUACGCUCCAUUCCUUGCUUCCAGAGUAAUGGCUGGAUUCUUUGGAACCAUAGCUGGUAUACUUGGCCCUCGCAUACUUUUUGAUCUCUUCUUCUUACACCAGAGAGGUCGUGUCUUCACUUACUUUUAUUGGGCUUUCGAUUUCGGUACGGUGGCUGGUCCAACCCUAUCUGCAUUCAUAUCGACAGCAGGGAAAGGCUCAUGGACUUAUGCAUUUUGGUGGACAGCAGCGCUGGCAGCUUUGGCAGCGAUAAUGGUAUUUUUGUUCGUGUAUGAGACUUCCUGGGAUCGAUCGGAGGGGGCAAAUAAUUCAGCUAUUGCAACGCCUGAUGGAUUUGUUGCUAGUAAAUUUGCGACAUUCUUCCCAGGGACGAAAGUCACGAAGCAGGCCAGUUUGAAACAGGUCUUGCGCGUCGCAGCUAAUCCGUUUUUGAUCAUGGCUAAUCCGUCGAUGAUUUUACUGGCAAUGUUUACGCUGAUUAGUUUUGGAUUCUAUGUUGCUAUGAAUGCAAUUACUCCGGUUUGGUUACAGAAAGCCGUGGAAGAAGGAGGUUACGGAUUCACCUCUAAGGAGAAUGCGCUAUUUUCUCUGGGCCACUGGGCAGGAAUAAUAAUAGCCUUGAUCUACGGCCAUUUCGUCAGUGACCGUCUCCCUCUCUGGAUUUGUUCUCGAAAUCGUGGUAUCUGGAAGCCCGAAUAUCGCCUUUACGCUCUCAUUCUCCCCGCCUUGAUUUUCAAUCCAGUUGGUCUUGGUCUCUUUGGCGCAACGCUCCAAAAUCAUUGGAGCUGGGGAGUUCUCAUUUGGGCACAAAUAAUGGUGACAUUCGGAUCUCUAUCCAUCACCCCUAUCACCGUGAACUAUGCGUGUGAACUCUUCACGAAAGCUCCUGCUGAGACAGCUAUUGUGAUGAAUAAUUAUAGAGUUGGAUUUGGAUUGUCGGUGACGUUUUACAUUACGCCUUGGGUUCAGGAUUUGGGAUUUAGAUGGACAUAUGGAAUGAUGGCAUUCUUACAAGUAGCGAGCUUUGUAUUUGUGGUGAUACUAAUGUUGAAGGGGCAUGAGAUUAGAGAAUGGAAAGUUGGAGGUUUAAGUAGUGAUGAGGAGGGUCAAUGUGUUAUGGAGAAGGGAGAGAGUAUAAGUGAGCGUAGUGUGGGGAGUGAACGUCAGUAUGUCGGUGGUGAAAAAGGCAGUCACGAGGUCUGAUUUUAUCCAAUUAUGUUUAAUUUUAAUAAUGUUUUCAUGAGUUGGAGGGUUCUCAGAUGGCGCAUUGGGAGUAUAUGGGAGAGAUGUGAGCAAUGGAUGGUUGUAUAAUGACUGUAUAUAUAAUCCCACCUUGUCGCUCGAGUGUUUAAAGAGUUUAUAUAACGAAAAAACAAACA